UCCUUUUUUUCACCCCUAGGUAUUGUUAGUGCUCUUGACAUUGGUAUGUCUAACUGGAGUUUUGAAUACAUUACUGUUUCACUGUAUACAAUGUCUAAAUCUUCCACAGUUUUAUUUAUCCUGGGAUUUUCCCUCCUAUUCAGACUGGAAAAAUUUCGACCAUCUCUACUUGUGGUGGUUCUCUUCAUUUCCGGUGGUUUAUUCCUCUUCACUUACCAUUCCACUGAAUUCAACCUAAUUGGCUUUAUACUGGUGAUGACUGCGACAUUUCUCUCUGGACUUCGUUGGACCCUAACACAACUGGUGGUACAAAAAGAAGGGCUGGGUUUAAGAAACCCCCUUGAUAUGAUGUUUCAUAUUGAACCGUGGAUGAUCAUCAGCCUUUUACCAUUGUCGGCUUCAUUCGAAGGUUUGAGAAUCGUCAGCACAAAACAGUUUUUCCGAUAUGAACAUAUAUCUGUGGCCUUGAAGAACUGUGGUUGGGCAUUAAUUGGUGCCAUACUUGCCUUCUUUAUGGAAAUAGCUGAGUUUCUCCUGAUUAGUAACACUUCUAGUCUUACUCUUUCAAUUGCAGGAAUUUUCAAGGAAAUAAUUGUACUCUUUUUAGCUGCUGAAAUCAACGGUGACCAUAUUUCCAUUCUAAAUGCUGUGGGAUUUAUCAUUUGUUUAUGCGGAAUGUGUUUCCAUAUAUUUUUAAAGAAUCAUCAGAGAUAUGAGGACACAAACAAGGUUGAAGAAUUAAACGAGGAAGCAAUCCAAAUGCUAGAUUCUCACGGUGAUGCAAACACAAGUUCUGAUGAGGAAACUCAUUUCUCAAAUCCGCCUUGAAGUUUUCUCAAAAGAGAACAGGAAGAAAGCUCUAAUCUGUAUACUUUCUGAUUGUAUUUUUCUCUCAGCAAAGUAGACUUGUUGCAUGGUAGAGUAUUUUGAAGGGAAAUUCUCUGUUAGGAGAUGAAUAAUUGAAUCAUUCAUCUGUCUUUUACAUUUGAAGACAAAGAAAGAAUCAAAAAUUGCUUUGAACAUAGUUUUUUUGUAAUCAGCUCUAUUUUAAGAGCUGUACAUCCAUACAUAAACAUUAUACAUACAUGCAUACAUACGCACAUGCACACACAUAUAUAUACAUGUAAUAUAUGCAAGUAAAUAUAUACAGCUAUAUAUAUAUAUAUAUAUAUCAUUAUCAUUUAAUGGAC